AUGGAACCUUCAGCUGGUCUUCCCGUAACGGGAACUGCCUUGUUGGCAGGCGAAGCUGCAGCAGGAGCGGCAGCGGGAGAGAAUCUGGGCGCUGAAGCCGAUGGUGGUUUCGAAGAGUAUGGCGAAGAGCAAGAAGGAAGUGAAGACUAUGAAGAUGAUGAAUCGCUCUCUUUUGAUUUGCCCUUAGAGACUCCUAAACAAGGAGUGCCCAUAUUACUGGCCUCUUCACUGCUGGGUGCGUGGAUUCUGCUGCUCGUGGCUGUGGGCUGGUCAGCGUUGAAGGGGGGAGGGCGAACAGCCUUAGAUAGCUUGCCUUUAGAUUCUGAUUCCUUGUUGACGUAUCGCGAGAAGUUCAGGGAUAGUGUAGACAAGCUAGAAGAAACGUGGAAAGAAACCCCCGAGCCAGUGAAACUCGCAUUUGCAAAAUACCACAUGCCCACCACUAGCGACGAGAAACAGAUGAAGCCUGCCGAGGCCUGGGCUCUUCUUCAGAGGCAGAUGGACGUGACUUCUCUCUGCAACUCCGCAGCACUAAGACUUCACGGGUUAGCUAAACUCGAGAGCAAGGUAGAACGAGCUAAACUCCAUGCAGAAGCAUUUGGCACCGGAGAGGGCGUGUUUGAUAUGGGAGCAGUAAUGGGUGAUCAGAUGACUUUUGAUGAGUUCCUUAGAAUGUUUCCCGCUCGAAUUCAACAAGAAAUGGAAGAUUAUGAAGUCCCAGGAACUGUUCCAACUUCUCUAGGAAUGAAACUUGCAAUGACGGUAGAAGCACUUGAUACAUAUGCUAUAGACGGGCGAUAUGUCGCAAUGCGCUAUGAUUCAGUCUUAGAAGCUUAUGGGAUGGCUCUUGAAACUGUUAACUUUCAUAACUUUGCGGACGCUCCUCCAGUCAUUUCACCUGCAGAUAAAACCCCUGCAAACGCAGAGGUAUUGAUGCGCUUUAUAGCGCAACAAUUCGUACGUUCAAAUCAGAGGCUAUGGGCCCCGAUUGUCGUCAAAGCCUGCGCUGAAGACUGGAAUGAAGAAACUGUGAAAAACCUCCUCGAUGAAGUUGAAGAUGGAGAGGCGAAAAGGGUGCGGGAACUGCUGCAAGAGAAAAGGGAACUCGUGCAAAAGGCCGUAAUCGAAAAACCUUUACAUGACGGCCAUAUUCUUCCCUUGUCUGUGUUUCUGUUGUAA